AGCGCGUGUUUACGUUGCGUUGAAAUUGUUCAGCUAGUACGGAUCGUUGUGGCGUACGAUGAGCAACCAGAUUGUAGCAAACAUUUGCUUAGUGUGCUGAUCGUUCGAGGGACACACCUUCAGCCACCGAUUUACACCAUGUGGGCAGAUGCAACGACAGCCCGGAUUACGCUAAAUACGAUCCGAUUUGUGGUGUUAGUUUGUUUCCUGUUGCCAUUUUUCUUCGCCAGUUAUGCAACGGUUGCGCUCUCCCGUCAGCUGUGGCUGAUUAUCUUGUGCUGGCGCUAUCCUUGGUUGAAGCGAACCAAUGUACAUGGGAUCAAAAGUUUCGUCGAUCAGACCCGCAAUCCUGAGGUGCUGUGUGUGCUAAUGGAAAUGGAAGGUGAAAUUGAUGUUGUACAACUGCGGGAUGAAUUUUUGCACCACAUUCGCGAUUGCAGCAGCAGCCAUAUGCGGCUAUGUCUGCCGCAAUUUAUUUUACCCUUUAUGUCUUGCUGGAACAAGUAUCCGUGGCUGAAGGGAACCAGCAGUGCAGACGAACACAUAGUAUUGGCCCCAGCCAUACAGCGAGGACGUCCAAUAAAAGAACUGAUGUGUUUGUUAAACAUCGCUACCACAACUGCCAGCAGCACAAGCUUGAAGGAUCCGUUGAUAACAAAUGCUAAACCCGCUGCUCUUCACUGGCAAAUCGUUUGCAUUCCGGUAAUUGGUGAAUCGGCCCCAGACUGCAGCGACCGUUGCGUCACCUCGCACUAUCUGCUGUAUGCGAUCGAUUUACAGCUUUUGAAUGAGACAGAGAAACGCAACCUAAGCUACAUCCCCUUUAACGGAUACCUCGAACGAGGCGAACCAAUGGUUGACAAUGUACUGGCGAAACCUUACUACAUUCCGCGCCUGUGGAACUACAUUUUCUCGACCAUACAUUACCGCUGGAACGAGUUUGUCUACCAACACGAUCCUCUCGAAUCGCCGGACAUAGACCGCAAGCAGUACACAGGAAUGGGUCAACUACUGUCUGCGCUGUUCAUUUCCAUCGUGUACGUUUGUGGAGACUUUGUGUGCUCUUUUCGGUCCAUCAAAGGAAGUCCUUUGGAUAAAAUAGAUUAUCUUCAACGGUUGAUUGAACGCGAGAUCGACAAGCGCAAUCUUACGAUACGAACGAUUUGGGAUACAUUUCGGCAGUCCAUCGAACCAGUCAAUUUGCUGAAAGAGGUUACCUUUUUCAUCUGGAAAACUAUCGCCACGAUCACGCUCAUGGUCCCGUGGUACGGAUGGAAGGAAACGGAAGCGUUGUUAUUGUACCUUUCGAAAGGGACGAUCAAUAGUGAUACGAUUGUAGGAUUCAUCAUUGAAUGCACUCCCAUAUGCUACGGCGUGUUGCUCGAGUGUUGGCGCAUGCUGUGGCUCCUGGUGGAGGUCACGCUACAACUCAAUGAAUAAUAGCGUAAAAAUAUUUCGUAAAACAAAACUACAUACCGAGAACAAAACCACAACUGUUCAUAAAUUCAAAAUAUCGUAUAUUAUCCAGAGAGUUACAUUUGUGGACCCAUGUAGAAAGGUUCCUUGCAAACCGACAUCAGUGUGCACAGCAUGUUGUGUCCAUCCACAUCGAAACUUUCCGUUUUCUCCCCGCUGUUGAAGUACGUUAUUAUCUAGAAUGGAAUGCAAGGAAAUCAUUACGAUUAGCUUCUGUAGCAUACAGUUAUACCUGGAAUCUAAGGAAAGCAGCUACAUACCUCCUUUCCGCGAACCGUAUCAUUGGGAGCCGCAAUGCCUAUCACUUCGACCCAUCCUGAGCAGACACCAUUCAAGGGAUCCGACAGUUGCACCUGGACAUUGACACCGUCUGUCGAUUUGCCGCUGAACGAUUUGCAACCAUCGUCGGCGCGUUCCACCUUUAAAUGGAUGCUGAUCGGUUGGCCAACGUGGCGUUUCAUCAGCGCUCCGUUCACGAUCGUUCUUCGUUCGAAUUGUAGCAUUAUGCUGAUAUUCCUUAUAACAAUACUGUUGGACGCACUUUUGUCGAUUCGUGCAGAACAAAGCCGUGAAUCUUCCUGUGUUUGGUGAUGUUGCCGCUGCUUUUGUUGUGUAGCCCGCGCGAUUUUGACAGAAGCAUAACUUCCCCAACACAACAGCUGUCAAUUGUUUGACACGUCGAUUCCCAAGAGCCUAGCACCGCCAGAUAAAAAAAAACUGAAUAAGGUAAAAUGUUGGAAUGUUAAAUUAUUUGUGUGGUUCAGCAAUACAUUUUUCAAAAUCUUUAAUUCAAUUGCUUUAUGGUUAGUUGUUUAAUUCCUAUAUUAGGUACUGGAUCUUCGAUAGGUACAAAAAUUGCUAGCUGGGAAAAGAUGAACAGAUUGACGUUUUAGGUGAAACAAAA